UGGAGGCUUGGCCAAAAGUGAGCAAAGACUAUAAGAGAAGUGAUGUCCAGGUGGAGCAUGACACAGGUGAGAAAUUCGAAUUUUCAUGUCUUCACCUGCUACAGCCUGAGGAUACUACCUCGCUGUACCAAACACAGGAGUAUACAUCUCCUACUUUACAAGAAUAUCCUUUAAGUAUGCUGGCAGAAAUUGAGACGAUGGCUUAUGUGACUGAGAUCAGGCUGAGCAGAGGUCGGGGGGCCUGGAGCGGAGUGGCUCCCUCCUCCUGCCCUGAGGUGGACCUGGAGGUGAUCGAGGAGUACCUGCAGGAGCACUCACUGGAGGUCCAGCCUGCACACACACCGUCAUCACCUCCGACCACCAUGGGGCAACAAACACACACACAUUCUCACCAUGGCACCAGGAUCAUAGAGAACAGUUGGUCCGGCCAGCAUCCAUAUGAGUGGCACUGUGGCUCUCACACGCCUAACGAGGAAUAUGAAGAGCAAGCCCUGCCUUCAGCCUGGCCUAGUCCCCAUGACAACCAAUGGAACCACAUUGCGUAUUACGAGGCACCUGGAUACAUUGACUCAGACUCGCUGUCCAGUAGCUCCCAGUACCAGGAAUACCAAGAUUCCCCAUCACCGUCAUCUGACAGGGGAUGCAGGAAGGACAGAGACUCCCUGCCUCUUGUCCCACUUUCAGGAAAGAGGAAGGAGAGGUUGUUCCAGUUCCUGUUCGAGAUGCUCCAGACUCCAUCGAUGCGAAGCUGCAUCUGGUGGGUCCAAUCCUCCUCUGGCACGUUCCAGUUCUCCUCCCAAAACAAGGAGCGCCUGGCGCAGCUGUGGGGCCAGCGAAAAGGUAAUCGCAAGACCAUGACCUACCAGAAGAUGGCACGGGCGUUGAGAAACUAUAACCGCACCGGCGAGAUUCAGAAGGUGAAGCGGAAGCUCACCUACCGGUUCGAUGAGAAGACGCUGAGAGGCUUACAAGGAGACUCUAAUACAGUGUAGAAAGCUUGAUAAGGAGUGUACAUCAGCAAAGAAGACUAAACACAAUGGAUAUUUUGAUGUUUGUCCCAUUUAUGUCCUAUCUGUUGAUUCUAAUUCCAUGUCGUGUAGAAAACAAAUGAAUACUGAGUAUUUGAAAAGCCAGACGAUAAAAACUCUGUAGGUCAGACUGGCAUUCAAAAUUAUGUAAAUCUAAAAGGUUAUCACAUAAUAUCUACUUUAUAAGUAGAAUUCAUAUUUUUCUUAUAAUUACAGCUGUGGUUUUCUUUUUUUGUGAUUCUGUAUUGCAGAAAUGAGGCAGAUACAAGACCAAGACUUAAUUAGGUUGUGUAAACAAACUCUAUUUGUGUAAAAUAAAUCUUUUUUUAAGAUUAAAAUUAAAAGUAUAUAUUUUCAGAAUACCUGAUAUUUUUGUCUAUCUAAAAAUCUAUU